AUGAAGAUCGGUACUCAUGAUGGCGUCUUUCAUUGCGAUGAGGUUUUCGCUUGUUACAUGCUCCGUUUACUACCUGAAUACAAAGAUGCUGAGAUCAUUAGAACCAGGGAUCCAGAAAAGCUCAAAGAAUGUGACAUAGUUGUGGAUGUUGGCGCAGAGUUUGACCAUGCGAAGAAGAGAUAUGAUCACCACCAAAGAGAAUUCAAUGAGACCUUAAGUUCUUUGCGACCUGAAUUGGGUGAUAAAUUUAAAAUCAAAUUAAGCUCAGCGGGCCUUAUUUAUACAUAUUAUGGUGAAAGAAUCAUUCAAGAAUUAGCACCUAAAGGUUUUUGUCUCGACAAAGACAAUCUAAGACUUAUUUACAAAAAAGUAUAUGAAUUUCUAAUUGAAGAAAUGGAUGCAAUAGAUAAUGGUGUUCCCAUGACAGAAGAGGAACCAAAAUAUAAGAUUCACACUCAUUUGAGUGCUAGGAUUCAUCGGCUAAAUCCUGAGUGGAACUCGUCUUUAGAGAAAAACGUAGAUGAGAAAUUUUAUGCAGCUCUUACUUUAGUGAGUGAGGAAUUUAUGUAUAUGGUUAAUUAUUUCAUGUCGAUUUGGCUGCCAGCCAGGCAGUGUGUGCUUUCGGCUAUAGAAGAGAGAUUUGAAGUACAUGAAUCUGGACAAAUAGUUGAAUUUAAAGAUCGUUUCCCAUGGAAAUCACAUCUACAUGAUAUAGAAGAAGAUUUGGGAAUUAAAAAUGAAAUUAAAUAUGUUGUGUUUCAAGAUAAACCUGAUUCAUACAGAGUUCAGGCUGUUCCUGUUACCCCUAGCAGUUUUAUAACAAGAAAACCACUCUCAAAGAAAUGGUGGGGAGUUCGAGACGAAUUACUUAGUGAUGUCGCUGGAAUACCAAAUUGCAUCUUCUGUCAUGCCACGGGUUUCAUUGGCGGUAAUAAAACGAGGGAUGGAGCAUUACAAAUGGCUUUAAUAAGCCUGAAAUCAAAUGAUGUUAUGCAUAAUAAUGAUGCAUAA